GUUGUUCAAAUAUUACCUACAAGGCCUCUAGCCAAUCACAGAGCAGACGGCAAGCGCUAACCUUUUCUGGCUACAACAGAAUCGUCCAUUUUGUUUCAGUUGAGUUGGUCGCUGCAUGAAUCAAGCAAGGAAAUUAUAAGAGUGAGAAAAGAGAUUGGAAUUUCUGAUCACUGAAUAAGUUGCAUGAAAGAUGAGUGGAAUCAAUGUGAAGAAGCUCAAAGUCAAUGAGCUGAAAGAGGAACUUCAGCAGCGAGGCCUGGAUACUCGUGGGCUGAAGGCGGAUCUUGUCAUAAGGUUGCAAUCAGCACUUGAGGCCGAGGCUGCAGGUGAAGAGGGCGGGCCACCGACUGCUGAUGUUGGGGGGGAUGAGGAACACGAUAUUGGCGCAGAUGGCGACGACUACUCAGAUGAAGUUAAAGAUGAUGGGGAAGAAGACCAAGAUGGUGAGGACGAUGAAGUACAGUUUGUCCCGCAGGCUAAAGAAGAAAAGUUUAAUGAGGAGAAAGGUGAUGGUGAACAUAGUGAAGAUGAGCAGGAAGAAGACAGCCGGGAUGGGGCACAGGAAGACAGCCGAGAAGGGGCACAGGUGUUAGAACCAGAGAGAGCAGAACCAGAGAUGGAGGAACCAGAGCCACCACAACCAGAACCUGUGCAACCAGUACUUGUGCAAUCAGAGCCACCACAACCAGAGGCUAUGAAACCUGAAUCAGUGCAACCUAAGCCAGUGGACCCAGCAUCAAUUGAGCCUGAAGCAAAGUGUGUGGAGAUGUCUGAAAUUAAGUCAGAUGAGUUUGUGAUGAAAGCAGAUUUGAAAAAAGAGGCAGAUGAACCUCUGCAGCAGGAGCAGUUGAAGAAGGAGCCAAAGCAGCCAGAGGCACAUCUUCCAGAUGCUGCCAAUGAAUGCGAGGCCAUGGAGGCUGAGCAGGUGAGCCAAGCAAAAACGGAGGAUGACCGAUGCAACCGUAAGAGGCCAUACGAUGAAGGCCGUGGCUAUGGCUAUUAUGAACACCGAGAGGAAAGAAGGGCACGUUCUCCACAGCCCCCAGCAGAGGAAGAGGAAGAAGAUUUUGAUGACACUCUUGUGGCUAUUGAUACGUAUAAUUGCGAUCUGCACUUCAAGGUAUCACGUGACCGGUAUAGUGGAUACCCGCUCACCAUCGAAGGUUUUGCAUACCUGUGGUCAGGUGCACGAGCUUCCUAUGGUGUCAACAAAGGGCAAGUCUGCUUUGAAAUGAAGAUAAACGAGGAGAUCUCUGUGAAGCACCUUCCCAGCAGUGAGCCUGAUCCACAUGUAGUGCGCAUUGGCUGGUCCUUGGAUACCUGCAACACCCAGCUCGGUGAAGAACAUUUCUCUUAUGGCUAUGGAGGAACUGGCAAGAAAUCUUCAAAUUGUAAAUUUGAGGAUUACGGGGAAAAGUUUAGUGAAAAUGAUGUCCUUGGAUGCUACAUUGACUUCGAUAGCGGUGAGGAAGUGGAGAUGGCCUUCUCAAAGAACGGCAAGUGGCUGGAUGUGGCCUUCCGUGUGUCACGGGAGGAGUUAGCUAAACAGCCACUCUUUCCCCACGUUCUUGUGAAGAACUGUGCAAUUGAAUUUAACUUCGGCCAGAAAGAGGAGCCCUUCUUCCCCCUGCCUGAGGGAUACACCUUCAUUCAGAACGUCCCUCUGGAAAACAGGAUACGGGGAACAGUUGGGCCUGCAACCAAGGCUGACUGUGAGCUCUUGAUGAUGGUUGGCCUGCCUGCAUCUGGGAAAACCACCUGGGCCUCAAAACACGCGACAGAGCACCCUGCAAAGAAAUACAACAUCCUCGGCACCAAUGCCAUAAUGGAGAAGAUGAAGGUGAUGGGACUGCGUCGUCAGAAGAACUAUGCUGGUCGCUGGGAUGUCCUGAUCCAGCAGGCCACACAGUGUCUGAACAGGUUGAUCCAGAUUGCUGCCCGCAAGAAGCGUAACUACAUCCUGGAUCAGACAAAUGUAUAUGGAUCAGCCCAGAGACGAAAAAUGCGUCCUUUUGAAGGUUUUCAACGCAAGGCUAUUGUAAUUUGUCCCACGGACGAGGAUUUAAAAGAGCGAACGUUAAAGCGAACUGAUGAGGAAGGGAAGGAUGUGCCCGAUCAUGCCGUAUUAGAAAUGAAAGCCAACUUUGUGCUCCCAGAAGCUGGUGAGUUUCUUGACAACGUGACUUUCAUCGAGCUUCAAAAAGAAGAGGCUGACACGCUGGUGAAGCAGUACAACGAGGAGGGCCGCAAAGCCGGCCCACCCCCUGACAAACGCUUCGACAACCGCCAGGGAGGUUUCCGUGGUCGCGAUGCACCUUAUCAGCGCUAUGACAACCGUGGUGGCUCCCAAGGAGGAAGGGGAGGCUACCAGAGUCGUGGUGGACCCCAAGGUGGCAACUUCAGAGGAGGCUAUAACCGUGGAGGCUACCAGCAGAACCGUUGGGGAGGCAACCGGGAUGGCGCAGCAGGAGGGCAACAUGGCUACAACCGCAACCAACAAUCUGGAGGGAGCUACAAUCAACACCGCCAGGGACAAUAUAACAAGGGAGCCACUGGCAGUUACAGCCAAGGACAGCCACAGACAUACAAUCAGGGCUAUAAUCAAGGCUACAAUCAAGGCAACUACAACCAAGGUUACAACUACGGCAGCUACAGCCAGUACCCAGGUUACAGCCAGAGCUAUAGCCAAACUCCUGCUGCUCCUGCUGCCGCUGCUGCUGCUCCUGCCGCCACUGGACAGACCUACAGCCAGCAGCAGCAGAACUACAACCAGCAGUAUCAACAGUAUGCACAGCAGUGGCAGCAGUAUUACCAGAACCAGAGCCAAUGGAAUCAGUACUACAGCCAAUACGGCAACUAUGGCAACUACAGCCAGGGUUCUCAGGGCUCCCAGGGCACGCAGUAGGCCUACAGUAGUGCACUGAUGAGACGGAUCCAUUCCCUGAGCAGCAUUCCAUUGCUUAUCCUGCCUGCAGGCUACACCUGUCUUUUCGUCCUCAUCUCCUUAAUGAUUAGUCUUCCCUUUCUUAUAGCUAACAUUUUCAAGGUUUUCUUUUCAGGGUCUAGUGGUUUUUCUCCCUGCCUUUCUGGUAUAGGAUUUAUUUUUUCAUGUCACGCCACAACAUUAGCAUUGUUUUUGCAGUAGGUCCUGCAACCAUUUAGUAACAUUAAGCUUAUUUGUCUUGCCUGUUUGUAGACCCUGGCUAUUUUAAAUGAGCAACAGUGGUGUAGUUUAACAUGCAUAUGUAGUACACUUUUCAGUGUUGUGCAGUGAAUGUUUAUUAGAGCUCAUAAAAGGUAGCUGGGAUUUGCAUGUGUACAUUUCAAUGUGUUUUUAAGAGAGAUGGAAGAUUGUAGGAGAACAUUUUGUUUUUGUUUUAAUAUUUUGCUGUUUACGUGUCAUUUUUAGUUUUAGAUGUUAGAUCAAAGAACCAUACAUUUUAAAGAAAUUGGUGUAGAGUCUGGACUAAUUAUAUAUAUAAAAAAAAAAAUGUAUCUUCAACUGUUGAGGUUUUGAUUUAAUCCAUUAAUAUUUUGCCCAUAUUUAUUGAAAUUAAAGUCUUGAAGACAAACAUUUUGAUUACUUUUUUCUAUAACCUGUAUAAAGAGAGCUUGUAAAACAACAUUUACCAAAAUGUAUUGUUUCACACCAUUUAAAACGUUCUGUAACAGUGGUGGUCAUCUAUUGUCCCUCCAACUUGUUUUUCCAAUCUUUGUGAUCAUUAACUAGUUUCAUGUGUGGUUGUAAAACUUUUUUAUACCAUAUACCAUGUAUGUAAAACAGUAUCUGCAUGUGGUUCUGUGUUAAAUCAAAACUUACUCUUUUUGUAUUUGAGAAUAAAAUCUGAAGACUUUG